AGUCCCCUGCUCAAACUUUUGUGAUUCUAUGCAUCCACCGGCCUUGUAGGCCAUGUCGUCACUUCUUAUGGAGCAGGUACCCCCCUCAGUCGCUGUGAGGGAGUUUUCCAAAUGGAGCCACUCUGUGGUCCCUACAGUGCCGAGCAAAAGGAUUGCCGUCGCUUCUACAGAAAGUUCAUCAAGCCCGAAGAUGGCCACGUGCAUUGCGCUGGGGAUUCCUGCUGGCCUUGCGGCUGCGCACUCGCGGAGACGAAGGAACGGCCGCAAGAACCUUCCUCUUGCGGCAACCCAGACGACGGUGACCAAUGACACUUUCAAAGGGGCAGCGAAGGUCUGUCCUGAAUGUGGGAAUGUAUUCAUGGAGGACUCUUUGUUUUGCCGAAAAUGUGGCGCGCCACGACCUGGAACACUCGGAGUUGGACAGAAACAGGCUUCUCCAAAGGCAGAAGAACCGAAGCGAGGCCACUUCCCCCCAAAAGCGACCCCACUGUUGGACUCACUUGGGGAUGAGGGUACUCAGGGGAUUCGCAGCAUGACCGUCCCUGAGCUCAAGCAGCUUUCAGAGGAAGUUCGUUGGCAGGUUCUCGAUGCAGUAUCUGUCACGGGCGGACACUUGGGUGCUGGACUUGGUGUGGUGGAGCUAACCGUUGCACUUCAUCAUGUCUAUGACACACCCAGAGAUGAGAUAUGCUGGGACGUGGCUCAUCAAUGUCAACCUCACAAGGUAUUGACAGGCAGGCGAUCUCGGAUAUAUACUCUGCGUCAAGGUGGAGGCCUUUCAGGCUUUGCAAAGCGAAAAGAGUCAGUGUAUGAUGCUUUUGGUGCCGGACACUCCUCAACUUCCAUUAGUGCGGCAGUUGGCUUUCAAACAGCAAAAGAUCGCCUGAAGAGGUCUGGUCACAGUAUUGCAGUGAUUGGGGAUGGCGCAAUCACUGGUGGCAUGGCUUGGGAAGCCAUGAAUCAUGCUGGUGGUUUGGGUUCGAAGGUCGUUGUCAUUCUCAAUGACAAUGGCCAGGUAUCCCUGCCAACCUUUUACAACCAGGUGAAGCAGCCCGUUGGAGCACUCUCCGAGACCCUUGCAGGUACAAGCACAGCUGAAACUCGAGGUCUUGACAUCCAAGGAAACAUCGCAAAGAUGGAGACCUCUCAAGCCUUCCAGAAUGCAAGACAGUUUGCCAAGAGCGCCACGAAGUCACUUCUGCCUGACCAGCUUUCAAAAGCUGCAGCAAAGCUUGAUGAGUACACACGAGACUUCGUCAAAACAGUACCAUUCCGUGGAAGUGGCUCAGGGAGUCGUGGAGAGCUGUUUGAGCAGUUGGGCUUUUACUAUGUCGGCCCUAUUGACGGUCAUGAUAUGGACACUUUGGUGCAGGUCCUUGAGAACAUUCGCCAAGAUCACGAAGAUGGCCUUCUCCAGAAACCGGUGUUUCUUCAUAUCAAGACCAAAAAAGGCUAUGGCUAUGAGCCAGCACAAAAGGCGAGUGACAAGCUUCAUGCUGUCCAGCCAAAGUUCAAUGUGCCAAAGACCCCUGACGAAGUGCCAAAGAAGAAGCAACCACCAUUGACCAAAGUAUUUGCUGAUCAGCUGGUCCGUGAGGGGCAGCGAGAUGAGAAAGUUGUUGCCAUCACUGCGGCAAUGCCUGGAGGAACUGGUAUCGGAAUUUUUGAGAAGACAUUUGGUCCAGAACGGACCUUCGACGUGGGCAUUGCAGAGCAACACGCUGUCACGUUUGCUGCUGGACUUGCUGCCGGAGGUCUCAAGCCAUUCUGCGCCAUUUACUCCACGUUCUUGCAGCGAGCCUAUGACCAGCUUGUUCAUGACGUAGCUCUGCAGAAGUUGCCUGUGCGUUUUGUCCUCGAUCGUGCUGGCCUUGUCGGGGCGGACGGAGCCACCCACUGUGGAGCCUUUGAUCUCUCUUACCUGAGUUGUAUUCCUGAGAUGAUGGUUUGCGCAUCUGCAGACGAGGCAGAGCUUAUUCACAUGGUUCAUACUCUGGCACAGAUUGAUGAUGCGCCAACAGCGCUCCGGUUUCCUCGAGGCAGUGCUUUUGGGGAUCUUGAGAUGCCAGAACCUCGCUUCUUGGAGCCGGGCAAAGGGCGCAUUGCCCGCGAGGGCCGUGAUGGCACACUGGCCAUUCUCUCUAUCGGAGGUCGCUUGCGCGAAUCUCUCAAGGCUGCGGAGGAGCUCGAGGAAAAGUACGGAAUAUCGGCCACUGUGGCUGAUGCUCGUUGGGUGAAACCUCUGGACAAGAAGCUUGUUGGUUGGCUUGCAGCAGACCAUCGCGCUGUCAUCACGAUCGAGGAAAAUGCUAUUGGAGGCUUUGCUGCCCAGGUGCAGCAGGUCCUUCUAGAUGAAGGAUAUCUCGAUGGCCUUGGCAAAACGCCAAUAGCCUUGCGAAGCAUGGUCCUUCCAGAUAGGUGGAUCGAUCACAACACUCCUGAGCUUCAGUACGAUGAUGCGAAGCUCAACGCACAGCACAUAAUUGACAAGGCUCUGGCAGUUCUGGAUCGAGUUGGCGUCAAGGUCAAGACACCUGUGCGCGGAUAGUGUCAAUUGACAGAGCCGACCACAAGUGUUUGCAAGAGUUGUUUUAACUUUUCCGAGAGCGGCCUAGAUCGGCCAGUGGUUGUCAGUUUGGUGUCAUUAUGUUUGAUUCACAUAAUGUAUUUAACACAGACCCUGAAAUCGUUACUGACCGUUACCAAGCUUUUAAGUAAGCUGAGUGCAGCAGCACGAGUUUUCACAAUGAUCAUCACCUCCCACUGUCGGGCAAAUGUGCCCGAUGUGCUGUCCUGCCAUACUGCCGUGGACAUGUUGGUGAAUCUCUGCAAAAAGGUGAGAAUGAGUCCCCUGUGGAGCUUUGAGAAGCAGCACGUUUGUUCCAUGAUUUGGA